UCCUCCCUUUGUGCUCCCCCCUCCUCUCCCCCCCCCCCAGGCCCUAUAAAUAGGCCCAGCCCGGGCUGUGGCUCAGCUCUCCGAGGGAGUCAGCACCAGGCAGCAGCCUCCAGCCAAGCCCCCCGCCGCCAGCAUGGCCACUGAGUUCAAGAAGAAGCUCUUCUGGAGGGCAGUGGUGGCCGAGUUCCUGGCCAUGACCCUCUUCGUCUUCAUCAGCAUUGGCUCUGCCCUGGGCUUCAACUACCCAGUGGUGGGCAAUCAGACCGCAGCUGCAUCCCAGGACAUCGUGAAGGUGUCACUGGCCUUCGGGCUGAGCAUCGCCACGUUGGCCCAGAGCGUGGGCCACAUCAGUGGUGCCCACCUCAACCCAGCUGUCACACUGGGCCUGCUGCUCAGCUGCCAGAUCAGCAUCCUCCGGGCUGUCAUGUACAUCAUCGCGCAGUGCGUUGGGGCCAUCGUCGCCACCGCCAUCCUCUCAGGCAUCACCUCCUCUUUGCCCAACAACUCUCUCGGCCGCAACGCGCUGGCGCCUGGUGUGAACCCAGGCCAGGGCCUGGGCAUUGAGAUCAUUGGCACCCUGCAGCUGGUGCUCUGUGUGCUGGCCACCACCGACCGCAGACGCCGCGACGUCGGAGGUUCGGCCCCCCUGGCCAUCGGCUUCUCGGUGGCUCUAGGACACCUGCUGGCGAUCGACUACACCGGCUGUGGCAUCAACCCUGCUCGGUCCUUCGGCUCCGCAGUGAUCACCCACAACUUCGCCGACCACUGGAUCUUCUGGGUGGGGCCGUUCAUCGGGGGAGCCCUGGCUGUGUUGAUCUACGACUUCAUCCUGGCCCCGCACAGCAGCGACCUCAUGGACCGCGUGAAGGUGUGGACCAGCGGCCAGGUGGAAGAGUAUGACCUGAAUGCGGAUGACAUCAACUCCAGGGUGGAGAUGAAGCCCAAAUAGAGGGGGGCCUGGCCCAGGCAUCCACCGUGGAGGCAGGCGGCAGGGGCGGGGUGGAGGGAGGGGAGGGGUGAAAUCAUAUUAUA